AUGGUGUCGAAAGACCUAUUGAAGCAAUACAUAAAGGGAGUUGAUGUGUAUGUCUCUUCUCAUUUUGAUGUUAUCAAACACAUGUUGUCUAAACCAAUUAUGCAUAGUCAGAUUGGUAAAUGGUCAUUGGCAUUAACAAAGUACUCUCUGACAUAUUUGCCUCUGAAAGCCAUGAAAGGACAGGUAGUGGCGGAUUUCCUUGUCGAACAUUCGAUGGUUGCGAUGCCUCAGAACUAUGUCGACUUAGUACCAUGGAAAUUAUACUUCGACGGCUUUAGCCAUAAAGAUGGUGCGGGCAUAGGGGGAAUCAUAAUUUCUCCAAAUGGAAUUCCAGUAGAGUUCAAGUAUACGAUCGACGGUACAUGCACUAAUAAUGAAGUAGAAUAUGAGUCUUUGAUAACCAGAGUUGAACUGCUGCUAGAAUUGGGGGCAAGGAAUGUCAAAAUUAUGGGAGAUUUCGAAUUGGUAAUCAAACAAGUCUCAAGGGAGUACAGAUGUGUUAAAGAGAAUUUAAUCAUGUACUUUGUGAUUGUUAAUAGGUUGCUUAAGCAAUUCGAAUUGACAAGCAUUCGACAUAUGCCUCGACGAGAGAACCAAGAGGCUAAUAACUUAGUACAAGAAGCCUCAAGGUACAAGAAGAAUGAAUAUGGAGAGAUUAUUCAGGUAAGAGAGAAGGUUCAAGCAAAUUUAUUGUCUCCUUCAGAUUUGUUGAUUAUAAAAUUAGGAGCAGUCGAUGCCGAAAAUUUUGAAAUUUUUACGAUUGACAACGGGCAAGACAACGACUGGCGUAAGCCGUUGGUCGAAUAUUUACAUAAUCCUACAGGUUCGACAGACAUUAAGAUCAAAUAUAGGGCCCUCAGUUUUGUUUUGAUUGAAAACGAAUUGUUUAAGAAAACUGCUGAAGGAAUUCUGCUCAAAUGCCUCAGAGAAAGUGAGGCUUAUAUAGUCGUGUCGAGUGUGCACAGUGGAGCAUGCGGUGCACACCAAGCUGAACACAAAAUGAAAUGGAUUUUGAUGCGUUCAAGUGUCUAUUGGCCCUCGAUACUGAAAGAUUGUAAUGAGUUCGCCAAAGACUGUCAAGAGUGCCAGAUGCAUGGGGGCAUCCAGCACAUCCCGGCAAGUGAACUGCAUGCCAUUGUAAAACCUUGGCCAUUCAUAGCAUGGGAUUUAGAUGUGAUUGGAGAAAUAAAAACAACUUUGUUAAAGCAGCAAAGAUACAUUUUAGUCGACAUUGAUUAUUUCACAAAGUGGAUUCCCGAAACAAUCACAACCGACCAAGGAACAAUGUUUACAGGGAGAAAAUGCAGGAGGAGGAAGCCUAAAAAUUGGCACCAGUCACUAGACCAAGCUCUAUGGGCAUACAUAACUUCUCCCAAAGAAGCAAUAGGGGCUAUGCCAUUUCGACUUGCAUAUGGACAUGACGCUGUGUUUCUAGUGGAGAUACACGUUCAGUCGGUAAGAAUACAAAGACAACAUGAAAUACUAUUCGAAGAUUAUUGGAAUAUGAUGGCAGACGAACUUGUCGACUUGGACGAAGAGAGAAUGUUGGCUCUUGAUUCACUAAGGGGACAGAAGGAUAGGGUGGCUAAGGCUUAUAAUAAGAAGGUAAAAGAUAAAGUGUUCACUGUCGAUGUUUUAGUCUGGAAUGUUGUCUUACCAAUAUACAAAAAUGAUAGGUUUCUAGGAAAAUGGUCCCCAAGUUAG